AAAAAAAGGAUUUCAGAGUCAUGGCGUUUUUUCUGUUGCCCUUGCACUGAAGUCCUGACCGGAUGCAGUGUUCCUGGAGUGAGUCCCAGCUGUUGCCAGGCAACUGACUGAGGCAUUUGUAAAUAAACACCAGGGACCUCUUCCCCGGAAGACUGACCAAAGAAAACGGAGGUAUCAUUUCAUUUGGUAGCUAUUGUGUUUCUCUUAACAAAUCUAUGCAACAUGUCCUACAGUAACAACUGUUGGUAGACAUGAGCUCAAACAAGCUUUCUGCUGUGUUAGAGGAGCAGAUUCAACGCCUGUGUCUAAAUGACUUUCCAUGUGGACAUGGCACCUGGAGAAAGACCAAAGACUGUACAGAGGGAGCAAAGACAGAGGAGACAGACGCCCUCCUGGAUCUUCUACGCUGCCCUCACUCUCCGUGGCAGCAUGAUGAAUCAUGGAGCCCUCAAGCUCCGGCCCUGAGACAGCUGGCAGUACUAACACCUGAACGCCUGCACACAGACUUCAUUUACAAUUACUUUAUUACAUUUCGCAUCAUGGACAAGGACGUAACAGUCAUCGAUGAUGGCCUGUUAAAGUUCUCAAAGCUGGAGGAAUUGGUGCUGAGUGCCAACAAAAUCUCAGACAUCCAUGCAGAAAACCUUCCCAGCACUUUAAAGAUUUUGGAGCUACGUGCAAACCAGUUGUCUGCUCUGAACAGUCUCAACAACGGCUUGCCUCCUCGCCUACAGUACCUCGGCCUCGGCUCAAACUGUCUGGGUUCCUAUGACGAUGUCUGUUAUCUUACAGGAAGACACUGGCCACAGCUGGUGUGUCUGGACCUAAGUGACUGUGAGUUUCAGGACCAGCAGUCCCUGCUGAACGCCUUGAGCACGCUCCCCUGCCUCAGGACGCUGGUGCUGGAGGGAAACCCCUUCACUCUUGCUCCCUGCUACCCGGGUUUCACUGUGGACAGUCUCCCACAGCUCUCUUGUCUGGACGGCUCAUGGAUCUCCCCUGAGGAAAGACGUUGUUUUAGGGGCUUGGCCAAGAAGAGUGAUCUGAUAGUGGACCGGGCAUCAGCCACAGUGAGUGUGGGCAGGAUGAGGGGAAUCCCAGACCCAUUGAUGAGUGUGGAUGAAAAUGCUCCUGACUUCCCUGUUAUCAUCUACAGCUAUUUUAUCACAUACGAGUUCCUUAGUCAUCAAACUGUUAACCAGAAAUUCGACAGGGAGUGUAAAAUUGACACUGCACAUGUAACAGAAGACUGCUUCAGUGAUGCUGACCUACAAUCAAACAAAAAUUGUGAAAACGAAUCAUCCAAACCAGACACACAAGACUUCAUGGUGUAUACUGAGGAAACCUGCCAUGAUUUUGCACAUGUGUCAAGACACAGCACAUCAAAGCUGACAUGGUCAGACUGCAUGGCCUUCAGUGACACACAAACGUUCAUUGUUAGUGAUCUGGGAUGCUUAAAAAGAUUCUUCAAUCAAGGACUUUAUCUUACGAUAGAGGAGGAAAAGGUCCUGUCAUGGCCUGCAGCCUCUGAAGACAUCCCAGUGGCCAAACCCAGCCAAACUUUAAAAGAGAAGAAAGGCGGGAAAGAGAAAGAAUCUCCAAUCAAAUCUGGUUCCACCAAAGACAAGUCAAAAGACAAAAAGAAGAAAUCUGUACCAGAGCUGGUCCAGGAUGCCCCCAUCAGAAGAGUCCUUGGCUCUGUCCAUGUCCCCCUGCAAAGCCUGGUCAGAAGAGGUCAAAAGGUUGAGGUCCUCUGUGAGCUUGCUGCUCUACACACCGAGUCUGAGGUGGAAGCUACACAAACACUUGAAAAGGAUCUGGGAAAGAAAACCAAAGAGGACAAGGAAUCAAAGCAGAGAGGAGGCAGCAGUACUAAACCGAAGAAUACAGCAGCUUCAAAAGGCAAAGGAAAAGGAAGGAAAGAAUGCGAGGAGAUGGAUGUCCACACUGACAACUCUGUCUCCGCCCACCUGCAACUGGGGACUGUGGAGUUGAGUGUGGAGCUGGAGAAAUGGCAGUCUGCAUCUGAAGCUCAUCAACUUCUGCUCCCACACCAAAACUAAAGCAAACAGCCUUGUUUUGUCUUAAAGCAAGAUUUGCAGCUACACAAGGCUUGCCUACUUAUUUUCAGUUUGAGCUACUGUACGUCACAGAACCAUUUAUCUCCAAACCCAGUUCAGUCCUAGUUCAACUCAUGAUGAUGCAAUUAUAAGGAGAGCCUGCAACAAGCUGAAAAGUCAUGUAAAAGUGCAGUCUAAAACAUGCUGUCGAACCUUCCUUUAAUAGCGACUUUAAUGACUGUGCAGUGCACCCAAAGGUGCACACAAACAUCAUAAGCAGUGUGAAUAGUGCUUUCAGUUGAACAAUCAAUACAGAGAGGUUUCAUUUUAAAUGUAUACAUAAAUUUAAUUUAUUUUUAUACAGAUAUUCAAAACAUUUUCAAAGAAAUGCCUAUGUAUUUCAUUGUUUCAUACAGAAAGUAUCUUAAUUUCGAAGAAACCUUUUGGAAAGGACAUUUCACUGGAACUGAGGGGUUACAGUUAGGCGUGAAGUGCUUUAAGUUUCACCGCUUCUUUUUUUAAACAAUCACCCAUCAGUUCCUUCAUGAAGACCAUAAAAAAGUUCCUAAAGCCAAACAGCCCUGGGUCUCACUGCUCUACUCCAGGCAAGAGUGAGAAAAUCUCUCCCCUUUGAUUACCCAUCACAAAAUUACAUACAUACCAUCAAACCUUUAAGUACAUACUGUAGUAUUUUCAGGCAUAAAAAAAUAAACUAUAGCUCACAAAUUUUUUGCGCAAACUGAUAUUUUUUUCAAUUCAAAUAAACACCUUUCAUGAUACUAUAUUAUCUUUGUAUCUCCCCAACGAACUGUGCAAACAAUGUUAGGAUAUUGAUAAAUUAAAAUAUCUGAAGAUCAUCGCUUCUCCCACAUCCACCUACAGUAUCUCCUCAUUCACACAAACCCAGGACACACACACACACACACACACACACACACACACACACACACACACACACACACACACACACACACACACACACACACACACA